AUGAGCCAUGUGCCGGCCGCUUUUCAGACAGAAUAUAAAAAGAUUUCAGUUUUGUCAAAGUUGAUCAAUCAAUCGAAUCCCGAUAGUCUGGGCGCUUUAGAGGAUGUUCAUGAGAUGAUGUUUGAGUAUACGAAUCUAGUUUCCCAGGGCGCUAUUGCCAAGUCCAUCAGUUUACAGGUGACGAGGGCUCUUUUACAAACAGCAAGAGACUGCAAUGUUUUACUGAGAAGACUACCGAAACGAAGCCGAGAUACCAUUACUGGUAACGUUUAUCAGCAUUUGAGAAAGUAUGCAAGCCAGAUUUCAGAGGAUAUUAUCCAAAAACGGUUACCUCGUGACCUCAAGACUUUGGGCACUUUGCUUGCGUUAUACGAAACCAUUGAUCCACAAGCCGGGCUAGUCCUAUUCAAAGAACUGGAUGCGGUUGAGGCUACCGGAUCAGCUAUGCCAUGUAUGCUUAAAGCUGGAUGGACGCUGGACCAGAUGAAAGAAGCCUACGAAAGAGCACCAACCAAAACUGACUGGAUCCAGGCCCACAUGGUACGUGCCUAUUUCGAGAAUGGUGAGCCUGAGGCUGCAAUGGAACUGUAUCGACACAUGGAUACACACAACAGCAAGAUCAUGAACAAACUAGACGAUCUAAUCAUCGCCGAGGGUCCUGUUGCCGAGGCACAAAAGGUUUUGGCCAAAACCAUCACAGCGCCCCGGAGUUUUGCCAUUAUGCGGCUGCUUGAACGUCUGUGGGACUCGGAAUCGGACAUGACAGCACAAUUCAAAGUGUUCGAUCGAUACCUCCAACUCGUGCUUGGUACAUCUGAAGAGCCUCUCGUGGGUCCGACGCGGGUUUUAGUUCAACAUAUCUUCAAGGCCCAUGGCCAGGACGUGCAGGCAAUUGAAGCCGACUUGCAAAAAUUAGCACGACUCUACGAAAGUAGGGGAGGUGCACAUACGUUUUUGCUCAAUGUGAUCCUUACUGAAAUGAGCCGCGCCAUUCCAACGGAGUUCGACUUGGCUACGAAAAUUAUGGUCGAGUACGGAGCAGAAACAGACCCUGUUUCCUAUCGCGUCCGAUUGAAUGCAUUAGAGUCUGUGGAUUUCGAAGAAAAGCCCCAGCUUGUUCUCAGUCUCUGGGAAGCUCGAAUGAGCCUCCAAGUUCCUCUCGCCGCCUUAGACUGGAUCGCCCUGGGCCGCAGCGACAAAUUCGGGUCUCUUUUCAACCAGCUCUGGCAGGCUGUGGGCCAGCCGUUUUACCGCGAUGUCAUGACCUUCCAUCGAAGCUAUCUUCGCACUUAA